GUCUCAUUAUUCAUUAUAAACACUCCUGACUCCUACCGCCCACACCACUUACUCGCUCACUGAUCACCGAUAUCUUCUUCCACGUCGCGCGCCAUGGCGGAUCUCAGUCGCUUCUUCGUGGCGUCCUCGCUCGCCGUGUCGGUGGUAGUGUUUCUUUUGCUCGGGUUUCGGAGGAGGAGGCCGUCUCUGAAGCUGCCGCCGGGGCCUGGCGGGUGGCCCUUCGUCGGGAACCUGUUCCAGAUUGCCUUCGCCGGCAAGCCCAUGAUCCACCUCGUCCGCGACCUCCGCCUCCGGUACGGUCCCAUCUUCACCCUCCGCAUGGGGGUCCGCACGCUCAUCGUGGUGACCAGCCCGGAGCUGGUGCACGAGGCGCUCAUCGAGAAGGGGCAGCUCUUCGCGUCGCGCCCUGCCGAGAGCACCAUCCGCGCCGUCUUCAGCUGCGACAAGUUCACCGUCAACUCCGCCGUCUACGGCCCGGAGUGGAGGUCUCUUCGCCGUAACAUGGUCUCCGGGAUGCUCAGCGCCUCCCGGCUCCGAGAGUUUCACCCUGCCCGCGUUUCCGCCAUGGAUCGCUUCGUCCAACGCCUCCGCGCCGAGGCGGAAGCCAACGGCGGAGCUGUGUGGGUCCUCCGUAACGCCCGCUUCGCCGUCUUCGCCAUCCUCCUCUCCAUGACCUUCGGGGUCACGCUGGAAGAGGACGAAAUCGUGCGAAUAGACGAAAUGAUGAAGCGGGUGCUGCUCUGCAUCAGCCCCAGGAUGGACGACUACCUGCCCUUCCUCGGUCCCUUCUACGCCAAACACCAGAGGAAGGUGCUCCAGGUGAGGAAGGAGCAGGUGGAGACCGUCACCGCGCUGAUCAAUCGGCGGCGAGCCAUCCUCAACGACCGGAGAAUCGAGCCCCACGCUGCUCCCUUCUCCUACCUCGACUCCCUUUUAGACCUCAAAGUGGACGGCCGCGACUGCGCGCCCAGCGAGCCUCAGCUCGUGACGCUGUGCUCGGAGUUCAUCAACGGCGGCACGGACACAACCUCCACCGCCAUCGAGUGGGCCAUGGCCCGCAUCAUCGACAAUCCCAACAUCCAGGCGAAGCUCCACGAGGAAAUCGUCGCGACGGUGGGCGAUCGACCGGUGGACGACCGGGACAUCGAGAAACUGACAUACUUGCAGGCCUUCGUGAAGGAGCUCCUGAGGAAGCACCCGCCGACGUACUUCUCGCUGACCCACGCGGCGGUAGAGCUGGCCAAGCUCGGCGGCUACGACAUCCCUCCGGACGCCAACCUGGAGCUGUUUCUCCCCACCAUCUCCGAGGACCCGAGGCUGUGGUCGAACCCGCUGGAGUUCAACCCCGACAGGUUCAUAACAGGCGGGGAGGCAGCCGACAUCACCGGCUCGGCGGGGAUCAGGAUGAUCCCGUUCGGGGCAGGGAGGAGGAUAUGCCCCGGGCUGGCGAUGGGCACCACGCACAUCGGCUUGAUGGUAGCGAGGAUGGUGCAGGCGUUCGAGUGGCAGCUGCAUCCGUCGGAGCCCAAGCUCGACUUCAUGGACAAGGUGGAAUUCACCAUCGUCAUGAAGCGCCGCCUCCUCGCCCUAGUCAAGCCCAGGAACUGAACAAAUUCCAUAACUACAAAACAAAAGCUACUCCCGGCGCUUUGUCAUUAUGUUUAUCUACUACGAAGAAGGACAACAGAAAAAAACAAACAAACAAACAAAAAAUCAGAGAGUUUGGGUGGAUUGGUAAGCCCAGAAUAGAUUGCAGAAGCAGAAGAUAAAUUAUAUGUUGACAGUUUGAAAGAUUGUUAAUUUUUAAUCUAAGCAGUUUCCUUCA